UUGCAAAUUACAAAAAAAAAAUGAGUGACCAAUCAGAACCAUUACUAAAGUCAAAAAAAGCAAUUACACUUGAUGAAACAAUAGAAAGUUGCAUAGGAGAAUUUGGAUGGGCACAAUUCUUACAAUCCAUUCUCAUAUCUUUAUCAUGGGUUUUCGAUGCUCAACAAACAUUCAUUAGUGUCUUUACCGACACGUUGGCCGUUUCUGAAUGGUCGUUAAUAGGUGCGAGUUCAAUUCUCACUGGCCUUCCGGCAUCUUCGUUUUUCAUAGGUUGUCUUAUCGGAGGUUUCCUUCUUUCUACCUUAGCUGACACAAAACUUGGUCGAAAAAACAUGUUGGUUUUAUCAUGUUUUAUUAUGUCUAUUACCGGAGCCAUAACAUCAAUUUCUACAAAUAUUUGGAUGUAUUCAUUUUUAAGGUUUUUAACUGGUUUUGGAAGAGCUACAAUAGGAACUUGUGCACUUGUUUUGUCAACGGAAUUAGUGGGAAGUCAAUGGCGUGGACAAGUUGGAAUUAUUGGUUUUGUUUGUUUUACUAUUGGAUUUCUUUCUUUACCACUUAUAGCUUUUGUGAAUAGAGAUUCUACUUGGAGAGUUUUAUACCUUUGGACUUGUCUUCCUACAAUCUUGUACUCAAUAUUGGUUCAUUUCUUUGUUCGUGAAUCUCCAAGAUGGCUUUAUGUACGAGGAAACAAAGAAGAAUUUGUCCUAACUUUGAAAAGCAUUACAACAAGAAGUAGCUUAACUUUAAGCUUCUUUGGCUCCUUCAUUGAUUUUGAAGAUCAAGAACACAAUAACUCAGAGUCAACAAUCAGUCUCUACUCAGCUAUCAAGAUGUUGGUAGAAAAGAAUUGGGCUUUCAAGAGACUAAUAUCAGUUAUGCUUAUUGGUUUUGGUGUUGGAUUGGUUUACUAUGGGAUGCCACUAGGAGUUGGAAAUUUACCUUUUAAUCUAUACUUUAGUGUCACAUUGAAUGCAUUAUCAGAAUUGCCAGCUUCUAUGGUAACAUUCUUUCUUAUUGGAAAACUAACAAGAAAAAAAUCACUUUUGGGAUUUGCUAUAUUAAGUGGAAUUUGCAGCAUAGGUUGUGCAAUAGUUAAAGAUAAUUCUUUUAAAGAAUUACAAAUGGGGUUUGAAUUGGUUUCUUUUUUUAGCGCAUGUACAUCUUUUAAUGUACUAUUGAUUUACACUGUGGAAUUAUUUCCAACUUGUGUGAGGAAUUCAGCAGUGUCAAUGGUGAGACAAGCAUUGGUUCUUGGGGGUGCAUUUAGUCCAAUUUUGGUUGCUUUUGGGAGAAAUAAUAGAUGGUUUUCUUAUGGAGUUUUUGGAAUGAGUAUUGGAAUUUGUGGUUUGUUUGUGCUGUGUUUACCAGAAACUAAAGGCAGAACAUUGAGUGAUACUAUGGAUGAAGAGGAGUACAAGGAAAGAAUAUUUGUUUGCUAAUGAUUAUUGUAGCCGUACUUUUUAAUCCUUAACUAGAUGUUUCAGGUUCGAGCUCUGGGUAUGAAUACUUUUGUUAGGGAAGUCCCAAUGCGAAUCCAAAUUUAGUCCGGCUCCAUUGCCGGGAAUGGCAGGUGGAAAACCAAAAAAGAUUAUUGCAGUAGACAUUUGUCAAUAAAAGAUUAUACCAUCUCAAAAUAUGACACUGUUGGUUUUUCUAUUUAUAGAGUUUUGCUGGUUUUGGAAGGUGGAGUGCAGUUGUAAUGAAAAGAUAUCAAUCAAGACACUUUUAUUUCUAUAUUUUAAUCCCUUCGUAGCAUAUUAUGUCAAGAUGUUUGAUUGGAUACAAAAUAAAAUUAAAGAAGACUACAUACAAAGUAUCAAUAUUAUCCUUUCA